CGCACGCGCCCACAGCGCUGAGUCGGUUACCAUGGAUACCGACGGUUCUCGCUAGCUCAGCUUGACUAGCAAGCUAAUUUACAGCCCUGAACAGCUUUAACAGCGAUGUCUGUUGGUGUGGUUAGUUAGCUCGCUUGCGAGCAAAGCUGGUUGCUAAGAGGUUAGCCGGGUUAGCUUGGGUGAUUAUCUCCGCGGGGAGGUGACGGUCAUCAUGGGGAGAGAUGUGGAGGAGGUCGCGGCUGCACUGGUGCGGGAGUAUCUCAGCAGAAAGGGGCUGAAGAAAACCAUCGCCUGCAUGGAUGAAGAGCUUCCACGGACAAACUCGAGCAUCAACAACCGCUCGGAGCUGUGCCGAACACUCCACUUAGAGAGUCUGUAUAAGAAGAAUAAGUGUGAAGUUCAGCCGCUGAAAACGAUGCUGGAGAUCAUGACCAAGGAGCGCAUGAAGAAGGUCGGAGAUGGGAAAAGACGCCUCGUGGAAGGGGAUCAAAAAGAGGAGAAGUCACCAAAUCACGGUUUUGACUCCGCCUCUGCCGAUGACGUGAGAAGGGAAAAGGAUCCCGCCGAGCUGCACACGGAUGAGAUGAGGGUGUCUGAGACGAGCACUGUGUCAUCUCCACCACAGCUGGACGGAAACUUCAACAUCACGUCACCUACAGCAGGCCUGGGCUUGGAGCAGAAGGGUAGAGGGGUAGAGGGGCAGGAGAGCAGGGGCAGUAGAAUGAGGAGAGGCAUCAUGGCAGGUCCUAUUGCUGCCUCCUCUCAGGAAAACACCAGGAGACGUCCUGCCAGAAAGACCACAGCGUCUCCGGCUCUUUUACCAAAGAACGAAGAAGAGGAUUCAGUCGGACUGAACUGGAGGAGCCGUAGCUGCAGCACGGACGUCUCACACACCGAAUCUGACAAGCAGGACAUCACGCCGUCUAUCAGACAGAGCGGACAGGGCGAGAGAACGGACAGAACGCCUCGACUCAGAGCUCACAAAAAUGAAUCAUUGCCUAGUACCAGACCGGAUGCCCUUCACAUGGCGGGAUUGGUUCUAGAUGAUUUAGACGAUCAGGAAGUCUCAUCCGGAAUCGCUGCUGUUCCCGAUAACAACUUCUCACAACAUCCUGAUUGGAAUAAACAACCCAUGAACCAGAAAACAGCUACUGCGCUGAAGGAGAUCAUCUUCGGCUCCCCCGUGGCCUGCUUCAGCGAGGAGUGGAGAUGUCAGAGCUUCACCUUCUCCAACAGACCCGCUCUGAGAUACGGCAUUGUGCAGAAGAAGGGCGGGCCGUGCGGAGUGCUCGCAGCCGUUCAGGCCGCCGUUCUCCAGAAACUUCUGUUUGAAGGAACCAGCAGUGACGCACUUUCUGAGAGACUGUCUGACGCUGUGAGGACAAAGUGCCUGACUGACGCCGUGGCUGGAAUCCUGUGGCGAGCUGCAGACAGGAAGAACGUCACCGUCGCAAUAAACUCAGGGAGGAGUCAUUUCACCCCGAUGGGCCACUACAGAUCUGACGGCAUUUUGGAGAUGAUCACCUGCGUGGAGGUUCAGAGCUUUGAUGACUUAAAGCUGCUGAUUGAUCAGCACAUUCAUCAGUUUGAGUCGGGGCCGUUCGGCUGCGUCUUGCUCAUCGUCUCUGCCGUCUUAUCCAGAACGAUUCCCAUGGUGAAAGAGGACAUGGACGUUCCUACUUCCACUCUGAUUGGCGCACACGGCUACUGCACGCAGGAACUGGUGAACCUGCUGCUGUGCGGACGCGCAGUUUCAAACGUCUUCGAUAACGAGAUGAAGCUCGACUCAGGAAAUGGGAAUUUCACCCUGCUGAAGGGAAUCAGAGAGCGCUGCGACAUCGGAAUGCUGUCUUUAUUUGAGCAUUACAACAUAUGUAAGGUCGGCUCUUACCUAAAGAACCCGAGGUUUCCGAUCUGGGUGGUGUGCAGCGAGAGUCACUUCAGCGUCCUCUUCUCGCCGUGUGAAGAUCUGACGUCCAGCCGUCGGAGCCCACGGGAGUUCGACCUCCAUUACUACGAUGGCCUGGCCAACCAGCAAGAACCAAUCAGAUUAACAGUGUAUUCAAACUCUGUUGUGAAGACGGCGGACAAUGAGGACAUGGAUUCGGACCUCACUCCUCCGCUGGAGCUCUGCAUCAGGACGAGGUGGACAGACGCAUCCGUGAGCUGGAAUGAAAGCGAGCCCAUCCUCUGAUUUCUGGAAUGAUCAGAAAAAUGGUCUCGGAUCCUCACUGCCUUUUGUUGCGGUUUAAUCUUUUAUCGUUAAUAUUUUUGCUGCUACACGAGGAUACAUUAUUCAGUUUCUUCUUAUUUAUUAAAAUAUUUUGCGGUCUUCCAUCUCGCAGCGGAAUGCCUCCUCGUCAUUGUUGUGAUGGGCCAGUAGAGGGCGAGGUCAUAAAUACUAUGUCAGUUAAAAAAGCUGUAAUGUUAAUGAAAUGUUCUUGAAUCUGUCGCACUGUUAAACAAACUCUCUGUGGUUCUGUUAUAGGAAAAUAUCCAACGAUGUGUUGAGGUGAUAAAGCAGAGUUAGUUAUUUUCCUAUAAGAGCGAGUCACUGAGUGUUUUGUUCCUCUUUCAAUACAACUGUCUGCAUGUACACUUUUUAAAUUUGGCAAGAGCUUCUGAGUCUCCAGCGUCAGAGGUAAAGCUGUAAGUUAUAAAAAGCUGUGCCUUAUGAACUUUGAGAGAGUGAGACAGAGAGUGUGGUGAGUUAGUGACUGUUCAUACUGUAUAUGAAUGAUGUACAGUAUAUGAUAUAUCCACGUCAGUUGCUGUGGUCUUAGAAACAAAUAGAACAUUUCAGAAAGUGCUUUUACUCAAAGAUGUUAAAACCUCAUGCGUGAGCUCAGUAUUCCCUCAUACUUCUGGCUAGUUAUUAAAUGAAGACAUUUAUAUGUAUUUCAGUAUUUUUAUUGCUGUGUUUUGCUUUUUUUGUUUGUUGGUUUUUACUUUUAAAUUUUUUUGCAUGUUUUAUUUAACCAUCAUACAUCAUUAUGUGAUAUUUAAUGUUACCAGAUUGUAUGAUUCAGUUUGUUUUUAAUGAACCAUUUCUUUUAUGUCUGUUUUGUUUAAGAUUAUAUUUCGAGAUCGGACUGUGGGUCGAUGUGCAUAAAAUCAUCUGAUUGUUAAAUAAAUGUAUAAAAAUAU